AUGUCUGGAGAUCAAGGAGGAGAUGGUAAUCCCUCCCCUGCGUUUCAACCAGAAACGUCUCUGCGGUUGCCGUUAAAUCUAAGCAAUGAAAAUAUGCUGUUUGGAACCGUCCGCCAGUCAAGGGUUACGGGACAGCAACGAAGAACCUAUGGUACUUUGGAACCCUCAGAAAGGGAGGAACCUGAUUCACGCCCAGACGAAAGUCGACCGGAGAGCUCGAGCCGCAUGCCUCCGUCUCAAUCGCCAUCAACGGUAACCCAAUCCGAUAAACCAAGGAAACCAUCCGUCACACGUCGCAUGUCUUCUAAGCGGACGAUACCCCAUAAGGGUCAGGAGUUCUCUACUGAUGAUGAUGUCCAAGAAGUUGAGGAAGACAUCGCUAAGCAACAGGCUACGAAUCCUCAGAAUUCACCAAGGAUGCGCCCCUUGCGAAAGCAAAGCUCGAGCCUCAGGCGAAGAAUCAAUGCUCGCAUUAGUCCUCUGACACGAACAGAUCCUGAGGAUAAUGACAAUGACACCACCGUUCUACCAGCAUCUAGCUUGGAAGGAGCCGGAAAUGGCACCUCUUCGCAGCACUCUGAGGGUGGAAGCCAAAAUAGUAACGAUAAUAACGAGGAGGACGUCAGCGAUGCGGAAAGCUUUACAUUGAAGGAUCGGCAGCAGGCUAUUAAUGAAACGCAUCCUUUUGGAAUAAGGCUAUGGAAACCUGCCCUAUACAAAAAGAGUCGUUCAGUGGAGAAGACCGCCGAAGGUGAUAUUCAUUCGUCACCUGGUGGUCGAGUGGGGACCAUGCUGUUCCUAACAAACUUAUUGUGGACGGCAUUCUUCGGGUGGUGGCUUGCUUUGGCUGCGCUUGUUGGUUCCGUUGCCUGCUUCAUCUUCGCGUACUCUCCAAGUGCUGUGGAAUAUGGGAAAGUCUUCUCCGGCCUCUCUUGGUACUUAAUAUACCCGUUCGGAUCAUUUGUUCGUCUUGACACCGAUGAGAAUUACGCAGAGGAAGAUGAAGGCGAAGGCCGCAGCAUUAGCGAGUAUGAACAAUGGCAAAACGGUGACCUAGAACAUGGAAGGCUGUUCUUUGGCCCUCGCCGCGGCCGAUCCCUCGUGGGCAGAAGAAGAAAUAGCAUUGAUUCGGCCAGUGAACAAGACAGUCUGCUAGGACGGACACAAAGAGCCAGCUCACGCGAUAGUCCUCUAGGUCGCCAUAAAAGACGUUUGUUUGGGCGUGGCGAGUGGACCCUUGGUCGUGUCGUGUUCUUUGUCUUCUUUUAUUUCCUCGUUGGACCUUUAAUGCUAUUAGUAUCUCUCCUCUGCUGGCUGCUGGUCUUCUGGAUUCCAAUGGGACGCGUGACCAUUAUAUUAUUUGAUCAUCUUCGUCGCCAUCCCCUCGCCCUUUCAUACCAUUCCGAUACCUCAUAUACACGGCUGAGCCCAAACUCCUCUUCAUCUAUUCUUUUAUGCACCUAUCGUGCCGCCGGAUUAAGAUACUGGAAAUACACGGUUGGCGGCACCAACAUCUUCUUGAUCAAUCUUCUCGGCGUUGUACUGUUUGUGAUUUUUGACUACUUCUUCUUGGAAAAAACUCUAGGUGUUCAAAACUCCUUGACUCACCCGGGUUUAAUUUUCACCCUAGCCCUUGUUUCCAUCAUCCCACUGGCUUAUUUCAUUGGACAGGCCGUUGCUUCGAUCUCCGCACAAUCCUCAAUGGGUAUGGGUGCUGCAGUUAACGCUUUCUUUUCAACGGUGGUCGAAGUCUACCUCUACUGCGUUGCUUUAACCGAGGGUAAAGGCCAGCUUGUUGAAGGUAGUAUCAUAGGUAGUAUCUUCGCAGGCAUCCUGUUUCUCCCUGGAUUAUCUAUGUGCUUUGGAGCCAUCAAGCGUAAAACACAGAGGUUUAAUGUUAAAUCCGCCGGUGUUACCUCUACGAUGCUUAUGUUCGCUGUGAUUGCUGCCUUCGGGCCCACUCUGUUCUAUCAAAUAUAUGGCAGCGUAAGUUUCCGCCCAACUCACUCGCUUGGAAACUGUUUCUCAUCUGGCAAUCAGCAUGAAUUAAACUGCCGCCCCUGCUUCAACACUAUAGAUGCGGGCGGGAGCGAUUGCCGUCGUUGUUACUUUUCUCAGGUCCCUGCUGUUAAUGAUAGCUUCUUUCGAAAGGCUGUAAAGCCUUAUUCAUGGUUUGCGGCUUUAUUUCUGUUUCUAUCGUAUAUCAUUGGUUUAUGGUUUACGCUUAGAACCCACGCUGCACUCAUAUGGGCUACAGAAAUCGAGGAGAAGAAAGCCGCGGCUGUCGUCCAGGAGCACGGUCCUUACGAGCCAAGGCACCUCCUCCAUAGCGGGCCACCAGCGGCUGCUGGUGCAAACUCUGGUCCAGGUUCAAAGGGGUCCGUUAGGGAUUCUCAAUUGUACAAACGUAUUCUAGGGCAAUCCCUGAAGCAUAUCGGCUUGUCCGAAAAUUCAAUCGAGUCCGGCGCUGAACAGCCGGAGUCAAGCUCGGUGCGUGAUACGAAAACGCCCUAUCUUGUCCCUCCGCAUGGGGAGGGCGAUGAGGAUUACUCGAGAUUUAGCCGUUUUGGGGGGUUGUCGGGUGAAGAGAAUGAGCACCUGAUGCGUCAGGUAACAGAAGUUGCAGCAACUGCUGCAGCAGUUGCUGCCCGCGAUGCAGCUCGAACCCGGAAAUUAUCCGUUCAACAGAACCCAGCACGCCAUAGUAACAGGGGAUCCACUGACCCAAUCAAGGCAGUAGUAGAGGAGCUUGAUGAUAUUGGACUCGAGAACGGCCAAACCAGUGGCGGGCAUGAUGCACCAAACUGGAGCAAGGCUAGGAGCUCGAUCAUUCUUCUAGGAGCCACCGUUUUCUAUGCAAUUAUUGCUGAAAUUCUUGUGAACACCGUAGAUGUGGUGCUGGAGAGUGUUGAUAUUGAUGAAAAGUUCCUUGGAAUUACACUAUUUGCUCUAGUCCCCAACACGACGGAGUUCUUGAACGCCAUCUCUUUCGCCAUGAAUGGCAACAUAGCCUUGUCGAUGGAGAUCGGCUCAGCCUACGCCCUGCAGGUUUGCCUUCUGCAGAUUCCAGCCCUGGUACUGUUCAGCGCUAUUUAUGAACGCUUAAUUGAUCCAGCAGAACUUCUAACUCACACCUUCAACCUUAUUUUCCCGCAAUGGGACAUGGUUUCAGUAAUACUUUGUGUCUUUCUCUUGUCGUAUGUCUACGGUGAAGGAAAGAGCAACUACUUCAAAGGAUCUAUUCUUGUCCUUACAUAUCUUGUCGUUGUGAUUGGGUUUUACUUGUCUGGCUACAGCAACAUGGAUGUCAUGGGUGUCGACCGCCUCGACACGUUGGCGCUUGGCACCUCCCAGACAUUUCACGCUCGAUAG